AGAUCGGAGCUUCCUGACUGAAAGAACAAUAAAAAGAUCAACUUAGAACUUCAGAACGACCCGACUUCUCCUUUCUUUAAAACUCGAGGCACUCGUCUGUUUUUAUCUUCUUUCUUUUGAAUUUAGAACUUUACAUCAAUGCAUGACUAGAUAAUUUUUAAGAGUCUAUUUUAAGCUAGCCCAAGGCUUCCCUUUAAGGGAGGCCAAGAGUCGUCAGAUUACGAACGACAUUUUGGCGCCCAUCACGUGGGGCCUGAAAAGAGCCCAUACGCAGUAACGAUUAGAGAAAAGCAGCCGUGACAUCGUGUGGCGAAGAAGACAAUCCUCUUCAAGGAACGUUUCCUUUUAGAAAGCCUCAAUCAACUGGACACAGUCCCACUUGAGGAGAAAACGAGAGGCUAACGUGGCGACACCCUUCACGCAGAAACAGAUAAGAGUACAUUUUACUCCUUCUUAACUCAUUCAUUAUGGGUGGUAAAAAUACCAAGACUUGCAAAAAUGAAGUAGACCCAGUACAGCUCCUUAUUGAAAAAGGGGUUGGCACUUAUGCUGAACUUACUCAGUGUAUGGCUAGGUGGCAUAAACUGACAGCUAAAGCUGAUAAGCAAUGGCCCCUUGCAGGGACCUUUGACACAGAGCUGUGCAACAUGAUACGUGCCUUAGAGCAAGAAUCUUAUGUAUGGAAUAGCCGACAGAGAAUUAAACAGCAGCGCAGGCUGAUUUUGCUGAAGGCAUUUAUGGACCAUGGCCCUAAGCCAACUAAUGCCCCGGCAAGCCCUACCAGUCCCAUUCCAAUUCCAGAAAGACCUCCACCAUAUGCCUCUGAACGCACACCGACUACAGGGCUUUACCCUGCAAUAGCACAGGGCUGGCCAGAUGCUUCAAUUGAAUUAAAAGGUACACUGAGUUUUGAAAGAACAUCAGAUGAAACAAUUGACCUACCAACUGCCACACCUGCGACCACACAAGAAGCUGGAGAAGGUUGCAGUAAAUACACACCCAGAACGCCUCGAUCCAAUGGACCCCACCUGGCACCAACCUGGACAAUGCCAAGCCCCGCUCAAGACACACCCACUGCAGGUGGCCCCUCGAUACACGAGGAACAGAUGAGUGGUGAGACCACACCAAAGAGCAACUAUGAAAGCAGCAUGCACGAGCCCUCUGUUAGAGCCAAAGGACCAAGAUCACGCACCCCAGCUGUUGAAGAACAUUCUUCAGAUACUGAAGAACAAUGUCCUCAAGUGCAAUUCCUAACAGCUCCACUACAGCGGAGAGUUACUGGCGUGUUGGAGAUAGAGCCUGAAGCGAGCGCCAGACAGCGACGAGACAACUUCGAGGACACAUACAACAAAACGGAGAAGGCUAUAGAAGAAGAACUCAAAAGGCUACUUAAUAAAAGUGUCCCAAAGAACUCAACAACCUCACACGUUGCACACGGUCUGCGUAAAAGCCGAUCUGUUGAGCUGCAAAGCCCACUAAUGCAGAAUGGACUUGCUGACACAGAUUUCCCUCUCACGGACUCUGAAGAAGAUGAGGACCUAAUUGGCUGGACAGCGCCUCUCGACCGAACACCACCCCAAGGUCCAAGACGCUCUGAACGUAUAAGACAGAGGCAGAGGUCCCACCAGCUUAGACCGUCCAAGUCAUCCCAUUUCUUCCCCAUCAUUGCCCAGGCCCAGGGUAGUUCAUAUGUGCCCUGGUCCUUUAUGGACUUGAAAGGCCUGGUUGAGCAACUACCCAACAUAACCACAGGAGGACAGAAGUGGAUCACUGCUUUUGAAGACAAGACAUCAGGCUACACUAUAGCCAUUGGAGACAUAAAGGCUAUUCUGUCACACUCCGUUGGAAAAACCAAAAUGGAGGACAUAUUUUCACUGGCCAAUUACAGGAACCUGGCAACCAAACAAUGCUUUGAAGACUGCUUUCAACUCCUACCGAAACAAAAUCUGGGAUGCCAUUCGUGA